UGUUGCGGUUGGCGGAACAACACCGGCUAUAUUAUCACUGUAUAGUUACGCCGCGUUGCACGUUGCUAGUUAGUUGCAAUGUUGUAGCUAUUAGCACGACAGCUAAUCCUUCGCUGGGAGGGUGACCCGCCGAUUAGUUUGACAAACAUACGGAGGGAAUUCUCACUCAUCAUUCAACUGCUGGCCAACGGAAAUCACUCUCCCAAAUUGUAACGUUAGCUAGCUGGUUGUCUUGUCAUUCUCCUAACCAGCUAGCCUAGCCCGCUAGCCUAGCCUGCUAGCUAGUAAGCUAUCCUGCUAAAGCACAUAGUUCUGCUGUGUACUCCCUCCGUGUUAACAGUCUCCUGCCCAGCUGGAGUACCAUGGCGAUGAGACAGACUCCUCUCACCUGCUCCGGUCACACCCGGCCUGUGGUGGACCUGGCCUUCAGUGGAAUCACUCCCUAUGGCUACUUUCUCAUCAGCGCCUGCAAGGAUGGCAAGCCCAUGUUGCGCCAGGGAGACACAGGGGACUGGAUUGGAACGUUUCUGGGUCACAAAGGCGCUGUCUGGGGAGCCACUUUGAACACAGACGCCACCAAGGCAGCCACUGCCGCAGCUGACUUCACAGCAAAGGUGUGGGAUGCAGUGAGUGGAGACGAGGUCCUCACACUGGCACACAAACACAUCGUCAAGACUGUCACCUUUACUCAGGACAGCAACUGUCUGCUGACUGCAGGAAAUGACAAGCUGCUGCGCAUCUACGAUCUUCGCAACCCUGAAGCAGCACCUCUGGAGAUUGCAGGUCACACCUCAGCCAUAAAAAAAGCCUUGUGGUGUAACGACGACAAGCAGAUUCUUUCUGCUGCCGAUGACAAAACCAUACGGCUGUGGGACAGGAGCUCCAUGGAGGAGGUGAAGACACUAACGUUCGACACGUCGGUGAGCAGCAUGGAGUAUGUGGCUGAUGGAGAGAUACUUGUGAUCACAUACGGAAAGACAAUCGCUUUCUACAACGCUCUGAGCCUGGACCUGAUAAAGACAGUGGAGGCCCCAGCCCCUAUCAACUCGGCCUCCCUCCACCCAGAGAAAGACUUCUUUGUUGCCGGUGGAGAGGACUUCAAGCUCUACAAAUUUGACUACAGUACUAAAGAGGAGCUGGAGUCCUAUAAGGGUCACUUUGGUCCAGUGCACUGUGUUCGCUUCAGUCCGGAUGGUGAGCUGUACGCCAGCGGCUCUGAGGACGGCACGCUCAGACUGUGGCAGACUGCUGUGGGGAAAACCUAUGGCCUGUGGAAGUGUGUCCUUCCUGAGGACCUGGGGGCUGAGAACUCUGAACAGAUGUACACGUCGGCCCCUGAGAUCAAAGCAUGAGGAGAAAGCCGUGCUUUUUGGAAAUGGGAUGAGAAGAGAAAAGAAUGACAAAGGAAACAAGCGGAGUAGUGUUCCAGCGUUCUGGCCCCAGCAAGGAGCAUAGUUCAGAGCACCGCCAUCCAUCAAGAACUGAUGUGGAUAUUAUGACUGCCUUGUCAUGGACUAACCCAACAACACAUACACAAACACACGCAGAUUUUAUGCAGUCAUAUGGGCUGUAGAGUAAAGCAGUAGACCUGUGAGUGUCUGCUCAUCGCUGCCUGCUUUCCCUCUGAUUAGCCCAAUUCUGUCUACUUAAACUUGUUUUAAAGCUUUUUGAAAGUCAAGUGUUCAAAUAAAAAAAAAAAUUAUAUUGUUUUGUGUCAAAGCAGGCAAGAGAAGAAAUGCCACUGGGUUUUUAUUUUUCAUUUUGGUUUCUGUCUUCAUUUGUGUCCAGUGAAGAAUUAAAUAAAGGCAUUACUGUUUUAUUUAUAAGUAAUGCACAAAGAGCAAA